CAGAUGUGAAGCUGCCUUUCCCUGUAGAUCAAAUCACAAAUCUUCCACGGAACGACUUCCAAAUGUUGGUGAAAAUGCACAAACUGACCUCGGAGCAGCUGGAGUUUAUCCAUGACGUGAGGCGGCGGAGUAAGAACCGCAUCGCAGCGCAGCGCUGCCGCAAGAGGAAGCUCGACUGCAUCAUGAACCUGGAGUGUGAGAUCAGAAAACUGGUGUGUGAGAAGGAGAAGCUGCUGACGGAGAGGAACCAGCUGAAGGCGUGUAUGGGGGAGCUGUGGGAGAACUUCUCCUGCCUGUCCCAGGAGGUGUGCCGGGACGUCCAGCUGAGCCCCGAGCAGGUCCAGUCUCUACACCACUACUGCCCCGUGCAGCGGCCCGCCAACUCCACUGCCAGCAUCACCGCUGGCCACGAAACCAGGCCCCCCCCCAGCCCUGCCACAAUUAACAACACCACCAGCAUCGACCUCACCGCGCACUCCGGAUCGGCCACGCCCGAGCCCAGCUUCCACGGCUCCCCCGGCCCCUCGGAGAGCGAGCCCGACUCGGCCGUCAGGAACGGGGCAGACAGAGAUAUGGAUGGCCAAGACACCAGCUUGUACACAAAGUCAGGGCUGGAGAAAUCCAACCAGACGGUAACGGUGGAUUUCUGCCAGGAAAUGACUGACAAAUGUACGACUGACGAGCAGCCGAGGAAGGACUGUACUCAGUAGUCUUGUUGUUUUUUGUUUUUUUUGUUAUUAUUAUUUAAUGUUACUCUUCUGACAAACCCUCUCUCGGGGUGUCUGAGACGUUCAACCUCCGCCAGUGUUCACUGAAAAACAAGCUUUGUUUGUAUUUAUGUCUUUUUGUGCUGUUUUUUUGUUUAGUUUUUUUUGAUCGGUUGACACUAAAGUUGUCUUAACAGCAGCAAUACUGUUCUCCAGGUAUUCUCCUCUUACCAUGACAGAGUGGGAGCUUCUCACCAAACACUUCGAUGGUGCUAUUCUCACCCCGACAGCAACCUCUGACUGGAGACUCUGUUCUUCAUGUGUCACACAUCACGACUCCAAGUUGAACCUCAUCGGACCUAAACAGCAGCUCUCUGUCUCUCUGUUCCUGCCUUUCCUUCUCACAUUUGCUCUUGUCUUCUUCCCACUCUGUCUCUAUCAAUCUUCUCUACCUCUUUCUGUCUCACUCUCUGUCUCUCUGUCUGUCUGUGGUUCUCCUCUCGCUAAAUGGAAGUGGCCCUUUUCGUCACAGCAAUUCAAACUCAGGAAACGAAAUCCUCUGAAUGUUCAACCUAAUUCAUGAAAAAUGAGAAUACAGCUUCUGUACACAAGGAAGUUAUGAUGCAGUUAGACUGUAACAUGUUCAUAUGCAAAAAUGUCUUCAAGCGUCUGGCAUUUGUAUUUCUGUACAGGAGAACUUUAUACAGGCUGUAACCGAAAAACAUUCCUCCUUUGCCUUCCUCAGCACUGAACUGAAAGGAAAGAAAGGUUUUUGCAGGCGGUUAAAUGGCUAUUUUUAUUUCCCACUCAUCAGCAAUACCAUUGUAUUUGGAUGUUGUAAAGGUGACUUUCAAGUGCUUGUUUGGCAGAAAUGUAUAUAGUACAGAGCAUGAUGACUGUAACAGUGAUUUUGUACAGGUAGAGGCUUAGAUGUUUCUUUUUCACGGGGUUAUAUCAAGCACCUUUUUGCUAAGGGAAAAUCUUUGCUUUGCUGUUUCCUGUCCUGCCUAACGAAUGCGCCCCAUCAUGGUGAGUGUUCUUAAACUCAGGAAAUCAGCUCGAUACACAUGUGACACACACAUACAGUACAUACAGACACAUGCGUCAACACACGUGUAAAAUAUUGAGCCCCAUGCAUGUAUAAAAGUUAGACAUUCAAGAUGCGUUUUAACGCGAGGCUCAGGCCAGCUCCUCUCCUCUAUAAAUGUGAAAAAAGAGUUCUGCCUUGUGUUUUUUUGGAGGAAAUGUUAUUUUGUAUCAGUAUUUGAAGAUGAUAUUUGUGUCCACUCUGGCAGACAUGCUUUGGGUUUCUUCAGUAUUGCUGUUCAGAGAUAGCAAAAAGCACAGCCGACAUAUAAGUGACAGAUACUUUGAUUUGUUUUUCAAAUUGAUCCUGAAAGAAAUGAACACCUAUUGAGAAAAAGAAAAGAAUAUUGACUUAAAUCAGGCACUUUGUUCCCAGCCCCAAGCGCUCAGAGCCAUUUAGCACUUCAAUAAGGGUCUUUGUCCUUGCUUCAGACCCCUAAAACGUCUCAGACUGGAGCACUUAAAUUGGUACUUCAAGAGGAAACAAUCUUAUUGAUAUGAUUAUACAAAUAUACAAUUACAAAUAUCUCCAUGAAGAAAGUGUAUCUGAAACCUCCACAUAAAAGAAGCCACUGUUUGAGAGUGUUCACACCUUAUGUUUGUAUUUCUUUUAAGAAUUGAAUAAGCUAAUUCAGAGUUCAUUUAACGUGAAAGCAGUGUUUGUGUUGUCCAAAUAAUUGAGUAACAAUCAUAUAAAGAUAGUAACCCGUUUGCCCUAAUUGUUUGAACAUCCUCCUUUGUGAUGUGCAUGCAUGCUGUCUACAGCUGUAGGCCUAGUUAGUUUGUCUAGCUUCUGUUUACCUCGUAGCGUUCUCUCUGGAGCAGUCUGAUUUUAAAAUGAUAUUUUUGUAUGUUUGAACAGGCAAGACAAGCUGAAUUAUCUCAACGCUCACUAGAGGCAGGCUUUAAGUCCAAGCAGGGUCGAGCUCUAGCACAAAGGUUGAGUUUAAUUGAAAUGUGAAGCUAUUUGUUGAUUCUUUAAAGCCCCAAUCCAAGAUGGCGAUCCCUGUUAGCUUAAUAAAGAGCUGAAGCUAAUGUCUCCGGUAGGCAGCUUAGUGCAGAUAGCACUCUAAGACAAACUCAUUUUCACUACAGUACAUGCUAUACAAAAGAAAACCCUUCUGUAUUAAAAAAUAAAUAAAAAGGCUUUCAUACAUAUAUGGGGAAUUAAAUGUUAAAGAAAUGCUAUUUUGGGGGUUAAAACUUGAGUUGGACACCCUCUCCUGGUUUGAUAAUGUAACUGCUGUUACAAAGCUCCACCCCUUUUGAUGACAUCAUACUUUAAAGGUAGUCUGACAAAAUGUUUACAGCCAUAUUUGAGGGAGGUUCAGCUGAGUGAAAUUUAAAAAACACAAUUCAGAAUCACACAUUACAUUUGUAAUAAUGUAUUUCCAACAAAUGUAGACCAGCAACUUAACCGUGUUGCCUUUAAUGAAGACCAUUUACUUUGUUCAAAUCACAAAGGGUUCAACUCUGUGCUGUAGUGAAUCCUCCUUUAUCGUAGAAUACAGUGACAGUGAACCUCACAUAUGGGUCAUUUUGUUAACAGUGUUUUAUAACUCUUUUAAAAUGACUACAUUUUAAUUCUUAAAACAUCUAUUUUUGGCCAAAUAAGUCUGGUAUUGGGGCUUUAAAGUUUGGUGAAAUGUUCUCCCCCUGACUUUAACUGAUGUACAUUUUAGAUGUAGUUUAAAAUAUGAGACAGAGUAAGUGUAUUUUAUAAACCUGUCUUUAAACUUUUAAAAGACUGGUACAUAGACCCAUACAUGCACACACACACACACACACACACACAUAUAUACAGUAUAUAUUCAUACGACACACACACACAGCACGUUGUGGCACAGCCUGAGUGCGCAGCAGUAGUGGUUCUUCAUCGACUGGUGUGGUUUUUCGUGUUUGUUCGGCCCUUUAUCCUGUUGCUCUUUUCAUUCUUUCCUGCAUAUUUCCUGCAGCAGAGCAGUAUUUACCCAUGUGGAGAUUCUACCAGGUCCAAGCCAGAAAAAUAGUGGAACCAUCUGCAUUACAAAAGCUUCUUUUCUGCAAAUGUUAUGCAACUCAUUUUCUGUUUAUGUACUUUUUGUUUGUUGCAUUGGAGAGCCCAACUCUGACUUUAUGUUUGGAGAAAAUACAUUUGUGAAGUUUGUGUUAAAACUAUUGUGACAAAGGCCCCUGGGUGUCUCCUCAGAUAUCCUAAUAAUCCUACAAUGAUCACAUUCUUGUUUUUGCAUAGCAGUUUUCAUACCUAUCGAUAAUUCAACUUAACAAACUUAGAUUCCUGUAAAGAAGAUGAAGAGGUGAUAGAGUAACAACAGUAACAGAGGACUCUCUGAUGGUCAGAGUAGAGUUACAGGCAACCUCAGCUGCAACGGGGAGAUGAGUUCAUGUCAGCAUCUACAACAUUUCCACUGUUUAAGGGGUCAGUUCAAGUUCAAAAAUAUAUAUAAGAGAUAAAAUUCUCACUUAUGUCUUGUGGGAUCUAGUCAUGCGGAUAGUUUGGGUUUUAUUGGUCCAGGUUUUGGGAUAUCUGUCUGUUGAGAUUUCUGCCUCCACUCUAGACAGUGGAGGAUUUCCUUUGUGGUGCUAACAUCACUAAAGAAAUGCAACAUUAAUUCGCAGAGGUUGUGUCCUGUUACUCGGAUAAUCACAUUGCUGUGAACAGUAUUCUGUUUUUAGACAAUCUCAAAACUUUGGUGAAUAAAACCCAAACUAUAUGCGUGGCUAGAUACCACUAGAGGGAAGUGAAAACAUAUUGCUUUUGACAUUUGGGUGAACUGACCCUUUAGUGUCUCCGGGUGCCAAGCAUUUGAACCUGCUCUCUAUAUCAUGACGAAGCAGAUUUUUUUGACUUGCUUUGUUUGAGCGUCAAACCAAACGUCCCUUAAAAAUGAUUAGUUAAUAUUACUUAGAGCUGCAGAACAGUAAUUAAACAAAACAUUGAUAUAUUAUCACUUGAAAACGCUUUAAUGGCUUAAAAUGUUAGCGCAUGGAGCAGACACAGAGCAACAUCGUUGAUUUGGUUCCACUAUGUUCACCAGCUAGUCUCUGACUUUGUAUCUGUGUCAUCAGCAGCUAGCACACAAAGCUGCCUGCUGCUGGAAAAGAGAUUGACGAGAACAGAGAUUGCUGGUUGGAAACCAAAAUAAUGAGCUAAACGAGGCUAAAAGAUGAACAUUACACAGUGUUCAUAUAAAAUAUUGAUUAGUAAGUGAUGGAACAGUAAUAAUAAGCAUGAGCACCUAAAAUGAAUUUAGAUACGAGGAAUCCUCCAGGUUACUUUUGGGGUUUUGGCCAUUAGAGCAGAUUGCUGUUGCUGUAACUGAUUGCUCGUACCUUUUUGCUGUGUAUUUGUCUUGUUCAGUUAAACAUUUUUGUUGCUGCUUCUCUGAAACAAACACUGGCUUUUCAACUCCAAAGGUUGUUCUAUGAAAAAAUAUGAACAAAAACAUGCCUUUCUCACAGAUCGCUCAACUUUAUUGAAAAAAGAAAUUUGGUAUCCUGGUGGAAUGCGCAGGCUGAGAUCAUUGAGUAAAAUAUAAAAAUGGAAAAUGUUUACAAAUGGAUGUCAUGUCAUGUUUGAUCAGAUUUUGCCAUGUAAAAAUCACUCGGUUCAAUUGUACUGGUUCUUUGUGUUGUUUAAAGAGACACCUUGUCUUUAAUCCAGCUUUUGGGAUGGGUCAGCAUUACAUGGAUACAAGUGCACCUCCGAUAUUUGCCUUAGAACUUGCAGAGGCCAUAGUUCACAUUCAAGUGAAGUGAGUGUAUGCAGGGGCCUGGGCCCCCAUCCCUGAGUCACCAGUGCGGACUUUCUCACACUUAUCUACCUGUGAAAUCCUUCAUACCUCUCAUAACUGGUCAACGACUGUAUCAGCAAACUGCAUCAGGUGUUUUUUCUACAUGCUUUUUACACAGAUUAUAUGGAUUAUUGUAUUAGUAGAUUUUGGUGCAUCCUUUUUAAUGUAAUAGCUCUUAAGCUUGUAGUUCAAGUUGUUGUUUUUUUCUUUCAUUUUUCUAGAUGACUGUUUUGUGUUAAUAUUGUCAAUUGGAAAUAGCUGUUAUUUGCUUAUUCUCUACUAAGAGUUCUUACCUUUAUCAUUUUUAAAUGCUACAUGACCCUAAUUAAUUAAAAUGACUUAAUAACCAUUGUAAAUACAGUAUUGUGCAAACCCCAUUUUCAUUCAUUUCAAUUGCUAGUGUUAAAUAAAUGACUCUUUUGUCUAGACACCAUUUCUCUUUAUGAAAUAAAGAAAUAUGCAUAUCA